GCAGCAGAACGGAGCAGCAAACAGCAACAGCAUGGCGUGCAAGUUGAUCAUUCUGUCCGCGGUGGUGGCCAUCGCAAGAGCCGGCUACCUGGGCGCCCCCGCCGUCUACGCUCCCGGUGCACCUCUGGCUGCCCGAGGAUACGCCGCCCCCGCCUACGCCGCCCCCAUCGCCCGCUACGCCGCCCCCCUCGCCAGGGCCUACGCUCCAGCUGUCGCUGCUGCACCCGCCGCCGUCGAGUACGACCCGCACCCACAGUACAGCUUCGCCUACAAUGUCCAGGACGCCCACACUGGAGACUCGAAAGCCCAGCACGAGAGUCGCAGCGGAGACGUCGUCCAGGGCAGCUACAGCCUGGCCGAACCCGACGGCUCCAUCCGCACCGUCGAAUACACCGCCGACCCCGUCAACGGCUUCAACGCCGUCGUGCACAAGGAGGCCGGCGCUCACCCCGCCGUCGCCGCCCCCGUGGCCGUCGCCCACGCCCCCGUGGCCGUCGCCGCCCCCGCCAGGGCUUACGCCGCUCCCAUCGCCAGGGCUGCCUAUGCCGCCCCCGUCUCUAGGGCUGCCUACGCCCCCGCCCUGGCCUAUGGCGGUGCCUACCAUGGUUAACGACUGACAUGGACCAACCAACCUCUCAUUCUCAUUUUGUACAAAUUUUGUAUCCACUAAUGAACAUCAAAAUAAUAUUCAUCUAAACAAUA